UGGUGGCAACCAACAGAUUAUGUAAAUAUACUAUUAUUAUACGUAGUUUUCAGGUCAUGUGCUCACCACCGAGCUGCCACAUCAUUUUGAUAUAUGCUCAGAUAAAGGACAAUGCAUCCUCUCGCGCCCAACGCGUUGGACAUGUACUGGUCAGGUACACGUGCGUGGCUACUUGUACCUGUACCUGCACACUCCAUACUAAGUACUAUGGCAAUAGUAGUAUCGAGGGCAACCACUAGACAGAAACGGGAAGGAGCAGCCAGUUCUUCCACCUUGGCAGCCAUUACGGAAUUAGUAAUUGACACAGACAAUAACUUCUUGGCGCACGCACUCGGCCGGCUCUGCGCACACGCCAGUACCGUGUCGUCAUUGGGCGACGGUAGCCAAUCAGCGCAGCCCACAACACCGCCCAGAUUUUUGCCCCUUCAAAACCGUGCCCGGCAGCCAAUCACAGGCCCGUCCUUUUUGCCUUUUUUUUUUCGCUAUUAUUUUCUCUCUCUCUCCUUGCCGGGUUACCCUCGGCUUCUUGUAGGGAGGGCAUCGAGUAUCAUAACUGAGUAUUUACGAGAUGAUAAAUAAUAAACAGUAAAGCAAGAAGAAUGAUAAUAAGAAUAAAAAU